CAGCGAACCAGCAGUAGAUGCGGCAGUUUUGCCCCACAAUAAAUAGGCUGUGUCAGUUGGUCAAUAAUAAACCUGUUUAUAUAUACAGUAUAAUAAAUCUGCCGUCGCCUGAGGCGACAUUACCCCAAGAUCUUCCCUCCAGCUAGGAGAGAGAAAGAGUAAUGUAAUGGCGUUCCCGUUCUCUCAUCCCGGGGAAGCGAAUUUGAAGGGAAGGGGGAAAAAAACGACUCCUCCAGGAUCCUCUUCCCGCCUCUCCUUGGUUCUCCCAGCCGAGGAAUGAUUUAGCCCCUGCAGCUGCUGAACCUCCGCAACGUUUGAGGCGGGGAGGCGGCGGUGGCGGCGGGCAAGCAGGUGCAUCGAGCCGGGCAAAGUGAGCUUCGCGCUCCGUCCUCUGGCCACCGCGGGCGCCCGAGCGAGGCGCGGGAACAAGGGCGAGCCUUUCCAGCCUGGGCGCUGGGCCAAGGGGACGUUGCUCGCCCCGCCGCUCCACAAAACGGCGCAAAGGGACAACAGAAAAGUCAGUCUGUGGCAAGCAAACCUGAGGAAGACGGGGGGGGGGGGGGAGGAGGCGGGGGGGGAGAGAGAAGCAGCCGUUCCCUCCUUCCUUCCCCUCCUCCCCCGCAAAGAAGAGGAAGAAGGGCACGUAGCAGCAGCAGCAGCCCCCAAACUCAAAUACGUGCACAGCCCGGCAGAGCAACGCAGAGAUUGCAGACGGCGGGAACCUAGCAACCAUCACCCCCAAGAGGGCGGUUGGAAGGAAAGAAGGAAGGAAGGAGCGGGUGACUUAAGAUCCCCAAUGAAGGAGGAUCGAAGCUGCUGGAGUAGCGGAAUGCAGAAAUAGCAAGCACAGGAGGGCUAUAAGCUACCCACGCCAGAGGGAAGGGCACAGCAGCUGGAUUCUGGAGUGAGAGGACUUUCCUUCUGUGGUGGGGAAGGAGCCAAGGGUAGCUUAUUCCCUGGUGGAGUGGAGGAGGGCAUAGACCCCUGGGAAGAGGCUGGGGGGCAUGUUGGCAGCCCGAGAAGCCGCUGCCCUCUACCAGACGGAUUUUGUGCGCAAUGCCAGGGCAGUGGGCGCCCUCUGGGCCGGCUGCACCCUCUGCUUUGGCAUCCUCGAGGUGGUGGUGCUGAUUCAGCCGGCCUGGGUGCAGACGGCACCCCUCACCUACCAGCUGCCCCCCUCGGGGGUCCUGUCUGACCCCAGUGUGAGCGCCGUGGGCUCUUUCGGCCUCUACCAAGUCUGCACCGAGCGGGACAGCACCCUCCAGUGUGAGGGGUCGCUGGUCACCCUGACGCCCAUCCCAUCCUUCAAGGCGGCUGCCGUCUUUGUCCUGAUGGCCCUGGUGCUGGUGCUGGGCAGCGUGGCUUCCUUGGGGCUCUUCUGGGUCUGCAGUCCUGGGACCGUCUACAAGGUGUGUGCCUGGCAGCAACUUUCAGCAGCAACAUGCCAGGCCCUUGGCUGCCUGGUUUUCCCAGAUGGCUGGGGAGCACCAGAGGUGAGAGCUCUUUGUGGGCCUCGGGCUCGAAGCUAUACCCUGGGUGCAUGCACAAUACACUGGGCCUUUACCCUUGCCUUGUUGGGCAUAGUGGAUGCUGUGGUGCUUGCCACCCUUGCUUUCGUCCUGGGAAACCGUCAAGAUGCUCUGCUACCAGCAGGCUAUACACCGCCCACUGGAGGAAGAGGGGCCACGUCAGCACUGACUCCAGAUUGACUCCCUGCGGAUCUUCAGUGGGCUUUCUUCAGACAUGGACUCUCAUUUACUGAACAAGGUCAUGGCUUUUCUGUUAGCUGGCCGUUGCAAUAAAUUUAUUUUUUAAUUUUAAUGCUAUUGUGUAUGUGGUUAAUAAAGUAACUCCUGUAGCUGUUUGAA